CCAUAAGAACAUUGGAGAUGCAAAAGAAAUUUGCUGUCUGUCAAACAAAAAAAAAAGGGGAAGGGAAAGAGCAAAACACAGUCGUGUGCUAAAGGUUUAAACUUUCAACCGACGCGACAGAGAGACACAAGAGGAAGGGGAGAGGGAGAGGGUGGGAGAGAUGGGUGUGGUGAUUAGGGGAGUGAUAUUGGACGAGUCUGUACUAUUAGCCCCUCAACGUGACGACGACCUCCAUGCAAACGGAUCGUUACAACCCGGUGCUGAGUCUCUCCUUCGUAAGCUCCGCCAUUCUAAGUUCCGUACGGGGAUUACUUAUGGAGUUGGUCUUUCAGAUCAUAAGGUGAGUCUUCUUAAAAUGAUGACAGCAACAUACUCGUUUGAUUCUUUUAUCUUGAAUUCAUCUUCUAUAGACGAUGCUAAACAUGAGAUUAUGCUAGCUUGGGGUGACAUUGGAGGCAUUUUGUACCUAGUUUCUAGUGAGAAAAAGGAAGUCUUCCCUAAACUAAGCAACUGUGGUUGGCUGAUUGUUGCUCUAAGAUUGCUUGGGCAAGAAUCAGCAGACGUUAUUGAAGAUCGUAGUGCAUGUGAGGAUUCAAGCAUAUUUUAUAUCAACCAGAUAGAAGAGUUGCCUUUGACUGUAUGCCACUUAAAUAGAAAGGCAAUUGGCAGCAGUGUCGUGACUGUUGGAUAUAUUAUGAAACCUUCUCGUGAAGAUGAUUUUGCUAAGAGGGGUGCAUUCCCUAUGUAUCCUACUCAAAAUGGAUUGAUGUUUUUUCCCCUCAUGCUUGAGCUGCCUUUAUCACCUCAGUUACAAGAAGUUGACAUCGUUCUCCAUAAAGCAACUGAUGAAAUUAUAUCCAUUGACUUGAGCAGUUCUACAAACUUCUCUAACAGAAUUGCUUACACCAGGGGCAUGCAGGAAUUGCAAAGAUACAUGGAGCAUCAUCCGGAUUGCUGUGUGAUUGACCCAUUUAAUAACAUUUACCCUGUAGUGGAUCGGCUGAAAAUUCAAGAGAUUCUACUUCAGUUGGAGGAUCUUAAUACUGAGGGCCGCUGUACAAUCCGGGGCCCCCAUUUUCUCAAGGUUGAUAAUUUUAAUGAACUUGAUCUAGUGCAAAGGCUGUCUGAAGCCAAAUUAUCUCUUCCGAGUAUAGUGAAACCUCAAGUUGCCUGUGGUGUUGCAAGUGCUCACAAUAUGGCAAUUGUGUUCAGAAUUGAAGAUUUUAAGGACUUGAGUGUUCCUCUUCCAGCUGUUGUGCAGGAAUAUGUGGAUCAUUCAUCCACUCUGUACAAAUUUUAUGUCAUGGGUGAAAACGUUUUCCAUGCAGUUAAAAAGUCUACACCAAAUGCAAAUAUGUUAAUGAAAUUAUCUGAAAGUAAUGGACUCAAACCUCUUGUCUUUGACAGCUUAAAAUCUCUGCCCACUGCCAAUGACGACAAACAUUGUGGCUGUGAUAAUUACUCCAAAGCCACUAAUCAUUUUAUUGAUCUUGAGCUGGUCACUGAUGCUGCAAAUUGGCUUAUGAGAAAGCUUGAUCUUACUAUCUUUGGCUUUGAUGUUGUUCUAGGGGGAAGGAGAUGUGUGGAUGGGAGUUAGGGUUACAAAGCGCCGAAGACAUACUCGAAGACAAGAUAGAACUGAAGUGAUGAGUUCGGGAAGUCAAGUGAAGUGGAAGUCAAGUGAAGUAGAACAUGAUAUCAAAACGCACAGCAGCAACCUGGGAAGGAGUAUCAAAACGCACCGCAGCAGCUGGAAUUGGAGCUCACCGUUUCAUCCCAAACCGCACCGUUUCAUGAAACCCAUUAAACGCCCCGUUUGCUUAUUUCGGUCAUUACAUUGCAGACUUGUGUUCUUUAAAACGUAGAGAACUUGUUAUUUUAAUUCCUGCUUUAUUCGGUUAUGUGUCAGGACACGUGUCCAUAUCUUAUUGCUUUUGUUAGUUACUCCUGCGUGGGUAUUAGUAUCAAUCCGCAAGCACCAAAGGAAAGGAUCUGACAUUUUAUUUUGAAGAAUAUUGAAUCAAUUCUAUGGGAGGUUAAGGGUCCCUCGAAGAACCCUAUAUCCAUCUUUUUCACAGUAUUUUCCUUACAGUUAUUUCCACAAGCAGCUAAUCUGCAUCACGAUUCCAUCAAUAAUCAACCCAGAAAUACCAUUCCCAACCCAGCCGCAACAUACCCAUCACAAGACCAUUACAAAUUAGGUUCCUAACGAGGUGACGUAUGGCACAAAAGCUCAACAUCACAGCUAAAGGGCCCAAAGUUAACAGAAAUAUUUCUUUUGUGAGCCUGAAUCUGCUCUGGGUAGAGGAUGAUGGGGACAUCUUUUAGGUUGCGGGAGGGGAACUCAAGGAUGGCGUAGUCCAUCUUUAGCUUUUACAUUGAAGAGUACAUUGUUUCAGUGGAAUUGGUUUAUAUUUGUAAACUUUUUUGUUAAAGCAUGUGCAAUGGGCAUUAUUAUUGAUUAUGCAAAAAUCACUACUCCACGUUCAGUGGUGGUGUGAGAGGUGCCCAGGUGAGAGAGGUCCACUGGUGGGGUCUCUUUUCUUUUAUUUCUUAAUUAACCAAAUUACAAUUAUAAAAAAUAUUCUUCUACCAUAUCAAGGUGGAACAAUGAAGAGUGAAUCUAUGUUAAAUAAAAGCAUGCAUGUGUUAGCCAAUACUGUGUUAUUUAGAUAUGCUCUAGGCAUGUGGUUGAUUGCAUCCUGCUACUGGUGAAACAAACCGUGAUUGAUAGAUAUCUUGCUUAAUUCCUCUCUCCUCUUCAUAAACUUUGUCUGUUGUGCUGCAA